AUGCCGCCUCUCCAUCGGAAGGCUUAUUCGAGCGGACAGCUAUUUGCAGGUGGGAGUUUGAAGUCUGGUCUCAGGAUGAGGGAAUUAGAUGAGGAGUUGGAAGAGCUUAGGUUAUACCUCGAAGAUCAAACCGAAGGCGUCGUCCAAUCUAUCCAAGCCCUCGUCUCCUCGAUCCGCGCCGAGCCAGACGACAUGUCCGUCAUCAGCACGCACAUCAACGCCAUCUCCGACGUCGUCGGCAAAGUUAUCUCCGCCACAGAAUCUGCCAUGAUACGCCAGCAACACAAAUACCAAAACCCAGACCCUAACAGUAUUCAUGAUAACGAUAACGAUAGAUAUAACAAUAACAAUCCUAAUAAUAAUCCUAAUAAUAACACCAUUACCCUCCGCGACCGUGCAGGCCCCAUCAUCCGUAUCCUUGCCGAUUGCCGCGACAGCCUCGCUGAGGUAGGCGAGGAGGGCAGCCGGGCUAUGAGUGCUAGUGAGAUGCGAGAGGUUACGGGGAAGUUGCCGCCGAUUGCGUUUCGGAUUGCGCGGGAGACUAAGGAGUUGGUUCAGCGGCUUGAUCAGAUGGAGAUGAUGGGGGUAGGCAUGCGUGAGGGUGGUGGUGGUGGUGGUGGUGGACACGGUGGAAAUGGAAGGUCAGUUGGGGGUUCAGAGGCCAGUCCCAGGUCCAGUGGGGAGGGUUGGGGUGGUGGAGGACCAUGA